GAUGGUGCUGACCCAGGACCUAAGGGCUUACUCAGGUUUUGUGGCUCCUCCUCCUGUUUUUCUACUUUGGCUUGUCAUGUUUUGUUUUCUGUUUAUUCAGAAGGCCUGCACAGUUGAUUUAAACUGCAGCUCUCUAGUAGAGGCUGUUUUGUUAAACUUCACGAAGGAAACAGAUUGCUCUGUAGAGUUGCGUAAUUUAGUUACUCCUCUUCCUGGCCAGCUUUUAAGUAUUUUCCCCCAAUGUUUUUUGCUUUCUCCAUUUAAAUUGCUGUGGAAUUCAAAGCCACUGGUUUUUCCCCUGCUGCCUUCAAGGAGUGAGGAUCCCAGCAACCCAGGCUGAACAUGAAAACCUGGGAUAUAAUUUGCUUUCUCUUCAUUGGCUUCAACUACAAUGUGACAAUUAUUGGGAAGAUCUGGAUAACUCAUGUGAUCCUGCUGAGACUGAUAGUGAUACUUCUUGUGGCGUACCCUGUCUACCAAGACGAGCAAUUUAACUUCUUCUGCAGUACUUCUGAACAACAUUGUAGAAACAUAUGCUAUGACCAUUUUGCUCCAGUGUCCCACUCUCGAUUCUGGGUCAUUGAGACCAUGUCAGUCCUACUCCCUUAUGCUGUGUUUAGUGCUUACGUCAUGCACAAUGUGGUCAGGCAGGUUGUGAAAGCAUAUUUCUUGCCUGAUCAUCAGUACAAAGAGAUCAAUCCAUUUUUAGGCCAGAAAGUUACAAAGAAAUCCCCUGAAGAUGCAUCAAGAAGGAGAAUUGGCCAUGGGCCAAAUGGAAUGGCUAUUCCUGAUUUUUCAAGGGCCUAUGCCAUUCAGCUUCUUCUAAGAUUGUUGAUAGAGGUUGGCUUUGUAGUUGCCGAUUAUUAUAUAUUUGGAUUCUUUGUUCCAAAAGUUUAUGUAUGUCGGGAGUUCCCUUGCCCAUUUGCUGUUGAUUGCUUCAUCUCCAGGCCUGCUGAAAAGUUCAUCAUGUUGGUUUCCAUGUGGAUAUUCCGUGGCUUCUUCCUUCUUCUGAGCCUCAUAGACCUGGUCUUUGCCUUCCAUACCAACAGGAACAGAAAUCAGAGAAAGAAGCUCCUUUUCGAAAGGUUUGAGCUUGAUGAGAAAUGUGGUCUUGGCCUGCACCAGAAUGACAGGGCAGAUGAAAAUGUGUUCAGCCCUGGGACUUCUUCCAUGGCUGAUGACUAGGCCAAAUGUUUGGAUGGCUGUGAGGUUAGGGAAGCCACAGUGAAUCAAGGGGUGCUGGAAAAGCCCAUGCAUUGGAAAUGGACAAAUGGCGAGAGCAAUUUCUUGAAUAAUAUCUUUCUACUGAAGUAACUAAAUAGGCUUUUCAAUUUACUAAUCUAGAUUAUGUACUUCACCUCUGGAGAAGUUUAUUCUACACAUAACACAGGAAAGGCAGGUUUAUUAAAGCCCUUAUCAGGGGUUAUUUACUGAUGCAAUUUGGAAGGAAUGGCCUGGAGAUGGGAGCCUGCUACACACAGCUAGGUAGGUGACCCGGCCCAACGAGGGCCCUAAAUCAUGCAAGAAGCCAUUGCGUGUCAGCCAUGUUGCUUUCUUCAAACUUCUGUUCUCUCCAAUUUAUCAAUAGUGAAUGUCCGCAAUUGAGAGUUGGCAGUGAGAAUGGCUGUGGUCAUUCUGUGCAAUAAAAUAAAAUAAAAUAAAAUAAAAUAAAAUAAAAUAAAAUGAAGCAAACUCUGGUUAGCAAUAUGAGAGUGGCUAGACUCUAUGCUUUCAAGACAACCUUGAAAAAAUGUUGAGAUCUGUUGAAAUUUCAGGACUCAAGUUGGUUGAGUUUCCCUGUGACAAAGUAACUGGUGGAAUGCUAUUUUAGGCACUUUGUGUAGGUGUAUUUUUAAAAAAUUUACACCUUUUGACCAGUUUAAAACUAACUGCAUGGCAGUAGAUUUAAAAAAGGUGUCUCACAUCUUCUCAAAACCACUCUUCAUAACUCAUUAAACAUUAAAAUGUGUCUACAAGAGAUAUAGUGACAUGAAUUCAUUUCAGAUACGUCUUGACAGUCAUAAGUUUGAAAUUUUUGGAUCUUGUAUCAUUUAUAUAUCUGAAUACCAUUCUUUCCUCUAAAAGUCUUUUUAAUACAUUACUAAUGUACUUUUGCUUAAUAAUUUAAUAAAAUAGUAUGAUUCCAGUAUGUUCUCAUCCUAAGGAUUACAUCAGACUUGACAAGAAUAAAAACAAAAUAUACAGCAAUA